AUGGCGGAAUCAACUACCAAAAACGGUCCCCAAGUUAAUGAAGGGGACAUCCCUCCACAAGAGAGUACACAGUGGCAACCAUCUUCCUCAAAGCUUUCCAAAUGUCUCACCAGUCUCAAUGUCUGCAAUGCUAAGACAUACACCAAGAUGUACAAUGCCUUGACCGGCAUGGGCGGAUCUGGCCAGGUUGAUUCGACCGUCGCUGCGAACGCCAACGUAGCUCUUCUAUCCGCCACUGCCGGUACGGCUCUUUUAGUUGUUGGGCCCUUGUUCACCCGCGUGGGACCCCGAGUUUGCUUCCUCAUCGGUGGUUGGACAUAUGCCCUGUAUAGCGGCAGCCUCUUACACUUCAACCAUCACCACAAUGGGGCUUUUGUGAUUGCUUCAGGGGCCCUUCUCGGAGUUGGUGCCUCUUUCAUCUGGAUCGUCCAAGGGGCCAUCAUGACGACUUAUGUUGAGGAAUCCCAAAAGGGGCGGGCUAUAGCAGCGUUCUGGAUCAUUUUCAACCUCGGAGGAGGAAUUGGCUCUCUCGUGUCCUUUGGCCUCAACUAUAAUUCUAAAACGAGCACAGUUUCGGAUUCCACGUAUAUCGCGUUGUUGGUUAUCAUGGGUUUCGGUUGGCUGCUGGGUAUAUUCAUCUGUUCUCCUUCUCGGAUCCGCCUAGCGCAGCUACACAAUGCAGCGGAGACGGAGAAGCGGACUAUCAAGGGUGCCAUGCAAACGGCAGUCAGUACUCUCUUCAAGUGGCGUGUCGCUUGCAUGAUACCUCUUUUCUUCUCGGCCAAUGUCUUUUACAGCUACCAGCAGAAUAAUGUUAACGGCCUAACCUUCAAUAUCCGCACCCGCUCGCUGAACAGUGCUCUAUACUGGAUCGCGCAGAUGUUGGGGGGGAUGCUCAUUGGGUUCCUGCUGGAUCUGCCUUGUCUCGACCGCCCAGGGCGUGCCCGCCUCGGCUGGGGUUUUCUUCUAGUCACCGGCAUGGCGGUCUGGGGCGGAGGCUAUGCGUUUGAGCUGUGGCAUGAAGAACGCAUGGCUCAAGGGCUCAAGCAAGAUAUCGACUAUACCCAAGGAAAUGUUUCGACUGGUCCCAUUUUUUUGUACAUCUUCUAUGGCGCUUAUGACGCUCUCUGGCAAGGAUUUGCUUACUGGAUGAUCGGGACUGAGUCGAAUAGCGCCGGUCGUGCCGCUGUUCUUGUCGGUGCCUACAAGACGUUCCAGGCUACGGGCGGAGCCAUGGCAUGGCGUAUCAAUGCACAGGGGGCUAGUGGAAGGACGCAGCUUGGGAUGGACUGGGGCUUGUGUAUUGGCGCGUUGGUCAUUGCCUUGCCUGCGGUCUGGACUGUGUCCAAGUCGACGCCUAUAGAGGAGGAAGCUGGGUAUACUCCGUCAACUGAUGUCGGACUCAAGAAAUUAGAGGAAGAAGCGUAA